AUGACUUCCAAACAAGGUGUGCCAGCUACCGCUGCAGCUGCUGCUACUACUACUCCCAUGGGUGGCACCCACCGUCGCUCAAGCAGCGGUAUCUCUGAUGACGUUGCUAAAUCGGCACACGACUUCAUGGCGGGCACGAUCCGUCGCUCCAGCAGCGGAGUCACUGACGAGGCGGCAACAGCUGCUCAUGACUUUAUGCGGACCGCCAAAGGCACCGGACCAGGCUUGACUGACGAUCUCACUGACAAGGCUCACAAGUUCAUGGUCGGGCCUGCCACUCACCGCGAAAGUCAUAGCAAAUACCUCCCAGACGUGACUGUCCCCGGACUGACUGAUCAGAUUGUUGAAGAAGCUGUGGAAUUUGAAGACAGUGUCGAAAAAGACAGCAAGGCAUAA